CUGGGAUCUCGCUGCGUUCGCUCGCCUUCACGGAUGCGCAAUCCGUCCGUACGACUAAUAAAUCGGUUUGACACUUAUCGAGAUUCAGUGCGAUCCCCAAAAUCAGCAUCGCCCAGCACCCAUCACCCGUUGCCAUCGCGGACUCUUGGCGGGUGAUGAGAUUCGUGGAACUUGCGCUCCGUGUGUGAUAAAACAUUGACUUCCCAUCGGCAACUGAAUCAUCCGUCUAUAUUCGAGGCACAGCGACGACGGGAGUGGAUUGUUUUCCGUCCACUAUUCGAACUGCGUGGGGCAUUUCACCAGCUCUUCAACACGAUGACGAAGGACCAGCAGGCGACACCCAUUCCAGAGGAGCUGUACAAUCUCACCCAGCUGGCCGAGGUUACUCUGUCAGUUGGUCCUCUGGUCACAGACGAGGUGAAACCACUGCCACUGUACGCCUCCUCGGACGACGACUCCAACUACUACAGCCACAAGGUCUUCGACCGCAGGAAACUGCGUCGAUGCACAAUCUCCGACUCGAAUUCCUGCGCCAGCAGCAGUUCCAGUUCCACCUCCAGCCGUCAAUCUUCGGAGGACCACCUGGGACUCCAGGGGCACUCAUCGGUGCACCACCAUCAUGGGGAGCAGGGCGAGAUCCUCAACAGCACUUCGCUGCUGGAGGACGAGCACAUCUGUCCCGAGUGCGGAAAGAAGUACUCCACAUCCUCCAACCUAGCACGUCAUAGACAAACGCACAGGUCAAUCAUGGACAAGAAAGCGCGUCACUGUCCCUAUUGCGAGAAGGUGUACGUUUCGAUGCCCGCCUACUCGAUGCAUGUGCGCACCCACAAUCAGGGAUGCGAGUGCCAGUUCUGCGGCAAGCGCUUCUCGAGGCCCUGGCUCCUCCAGGGCCACAUCCGCACCCACACCGGAGAAAAGCCCUUCAAGUGCGGCGUCUGCGAGAAGGCGUUCGCCGACAAGAGCAACCUGCGCGCCCACAUCCAGACCCACUCGAACACCAAGCCACACACAUGUGCGCGAUGCGGCAAGGCCUUCGCUCUCAAGUCCUACCUGUACAAGCACGAGGAGUCAUCCUGCAUGAAAAACCGAGGAGGCGUCCCGGGAUCGACAGCAGCAUCCGGCAACCGACCUCCCUCGUCGCCCAAAAGGCAACAGUCGGAGGUGACAGGCGGCUCCAUCUCGGCAUUGGCUCCUGCAUCACCUGCCGCCGCAGUGUGUGCUGCCUCCGAUUCAGCCAAGUCCACGCUGGCCAACAAGCUGUUGCAGAAGGAAAAGGAUCGCAGGCAGGCGGCCUUGGCCUUCCAGGGCUUUCCGGCUGGGCCAGAAGUGACGGCUUACAGCCACGCAUCUUCGGCCCAGGAGGAAUAUGAGAAGUUCAAGCGGAUCAACGUGAUCCAGCCGAAGGUGCUGCCGCAUAGGGUACCCAGCCUGUACCAGGACCUGCUCCCCAAUCACCACGUGCCACUGGCCCUGCCCUUGCCCAUGCCGUAUCACUUCCAGGGCCAGGCCACGUCCACGGGCCAAUCGGACCCCGCCUCCGUGCAGGAACAGCCCGUUGACUUUUCGCCCAAGAACAACUUCACGCACUCGGCCAAGACGAGUCCCUUCGAGCUGACCGGGAAUUACGCCAUGGUGGCAUAGGAUCUUCCCAGCCAGGACACCACGCAAAAGACACCGGAGAGAGCAAAGCAGAGCACUACCCCAAGGCCAUUCGAGGAGACCGUUACUGAAAUGCCACUUAAUCCAAGUCCUUUCACAGCCCACCAGCCCAAAUCCAGGACAUUUUCUUACUGUAGUCAACGAAUAUGUGAUAAUAAUGCAAAAGAGCUAAAGUACCAUUAGAGAGUAGAUGAUUCCAGAGCGACGAGGAGCACGCACAGCUCGUCGAACAGAAGAGUUCCCUCUUCUAGGAAAACUCCAAGGACGGCGAGGUCAUACACAGUAGAUAUAGAGAGACAAGGUUGGAUCGAUUCCCGAUUGAUCGUUUGAUCUUCACUUAGUUGUAAUAAGAGACUUCUUAGAGACUUGCCAAGAACAGCGACAAAAAACCAAUGUAACCAGUAUUUUUUUAUAGCACAUACGAUUACCGAUCGAUCGGAGAGCGAGAGAUAUAGCAUCCCAGCAUCCCAGACGAUCGAACUCCGCAGCCAAGCUACAAACUUUACACAUAGUCAUCUAGCUUUAUGAUUUUACAAGAACUAGGCAUAUCCAAAGAUAUCCACCCACUUACUAACCCCAUUAAUCACUUCGCAUUAAGGCAUUGAGCGGCUUCCUGCUUCCGGCACGGAAGUCGUUCCAAAACGAGAGAAUUUCUAGUCUUUACAUUUAAAUACAGCGCACAUUGGGCGAGACCAGGGGCAUUUCCCCGAUCUCAACCCCUUUGUGCGUGGCGUUACUUUAAGCACUUUACGGCCGCAUGUGGUGCAAUAAUUGACUUUACCAUAUUGCAAUCUGUAUAUUUCUACUAGCACGAUUCGGAGCAAUCGGCCAUCGUAUUGUAGCCUUACCAUCUAGUAUCGAUCGAUAGAUCGAUACCCACUCCAUUUCGAUUCGAUUCGACUCGAUUCACUCCGAUUCGAUCUACAGCUAAUCGCACCAAAGAUACUUCGAUUUAGAUGCGCACGCAUACUACCUUUAUGUACUCGUACUUACCAUAUACACCAAAAUAUAUAUACACGUAUACGUAGCUCUAAAAUGUACUAUAGAUUUGCACAUUAACUCGAAUUAAACGAGAGAUCCACUGAUCCCCGAGAAAAUACAAAA